UCAAGCUACCUAGUAGUUUAGAAACAUUCCCCAUUGAUUUGCACUGGUGUUCGAGCCCAAAGACACGAAAUAUCCACUGAAACGCAAUUGAAAUGUCGACUUCUCGGAGAAGAAAGGCAGUAAAACAAGACUCCCAAGAUACUACUGACCUUCCAACAAAAAAGAUAAAAAAAGAACCUCUUGCUUUGGACAGUAACAAUAAUGUCAAUGGCAAAAGCUGCUCUAAACUUUCUCCCACAUGGGAGUAUGAAUCUGGUAAAGACAAGUGGAUCCAAUAUACCUGUGACCAAAAUAAAGAACUGAGUGGUGCUUUUAAAGAUGGCAAGGGAUCCAUUGAGAUCACACAAAACAAGUCUACCAUUGUCGUCAUAUUUGAUAGAAUGGUACAGAGGAAUGUUAAAUCUGGGUUUGAGAAGAGAGUGAGAUGUCUGUCUCUUGAUGAUGAUGAACAAUAUUAUUGGCAAUGGAAAGAAUUCAAGGACAAAUGGACAACCUACCCAGCAUUCRCCAUAUUAAUACUUGAGGCAGCAAGAGCACAUAGUAUGAAUAGUAUUACAUGGAAAGAACAAGGGAAGGAAAUUACAGUAGAUCUUGAUAAACUAACACAGAUAAAGAAGGGUAAUAAAACUUUGAAAAAAGUCAGGCGAUUUCGAUCUGAUGAAGCAGAUCCUCCACAAGCACAAAACGCGUCUACAGCAAAAAUGAAACUUGCUACAACGACGAAGAUGCAUCCAGCUUCAAAGAAAGUCAAGAAUGAACCAAAGCCUGAAGAAGCACCAAACAUGAAAUCUUUGGUUUUCAAAGGCAACGCACCAAUCGACUCCUACUGCCCUAUUAAGGAUAAGGUGCAUAUAUACUGUGAAGGCUCAGAUAUGUGGGAUGCCAUGUUAAACCAGACUAAUGUGCAGAACAACAACAAUAAGUUUUACCUCAUUCAACUGCUUGAAGAUGACCUGGCUAAAAAGUACUAUGUAUGGAUGAGAUGGGGAAGAGUUGGAUUCAGUGGGCAAAACACUUUGCACACUUGUGGUGCUUCCCUUGAUGAAGCCAAGAAAAUUUUCACCAAGAAAUUCAGUGAUAAAACUAAAAAUACCUGGGAGGAGCGGCAAAGCUUUGCUAAAGUUUCUGGCAAGUAUGACCUUCUUAUUAUGGACUAUAAAGCACAAGACGAGAGGAAUAAAGUGGAUUUAGUUAAGGAGGAGAAGCCCAUUGUAGAGCCAUCUAAGCUGGAUGUGAGGAUUCAAACUUUAAUUGAAUUGAUAUGUAAUGUGCAGGCAAUGGAGGAGAUGUUAAAAGAAAUGAAGUAUGACACUAAUAAAGCUCCUUUAGGAAAACUGACAACAGAACAGAUCAGAGCAGGCUAUGAAGCUCUCAAGGACAUUGAAAGUUGUAUUAAUGGCAAAGAUUUUGGAAAGAAACUUGUCAAAGCAUGUGAUGCAUUUUACACAAGGAUACCACACUGCUUUGGAAUGAAAAGACCUCCACUAAUUACAUCAUCAGAAGAAGUUAAGAUCAAAAUACAACUGCUAGAGGCACUUGGCGAUAUUCAGAUAGCUGUGUCCAUGCUUAAAGACGAGGUGAUUGACAAGGAUCACCCAAUAGACAGACACUACAAAUCCCUGCAGUGUGAUAUGACACCCCUUGACCACACCCAUGAUGAAUUCAAGUUGGUGGAGCAGUAUCUUCUUAACACACAUGCCAAGACACAUAACCAGUAUAACUUAGAACUGGUGGAUGUGUUUGCACUAAAGCAUCAUAAUGAAGAUUUCAAAGAUUUAGGAAACAGGAUGUUACUAUGGCAUGGUUCUAGACUUACUAACUGGGUGGGGAUCAUCAGACAAGGUCUGCGAAUUGCACCACCUGAAGCACCUGUCACUGGAUAUAUGGUAAGGAUAAAUUAGCAAUGCUAUUUCUUUA